CACCUGGCCAUCGACGCGUGAACGUGAGUGUUGCGUGCGUCGCGACCGGUAUACCCGCGAACAAUUGGAACACAGUGCGUUUUCGAGGCCCAGUUUCGAACCCACUAUCAUUCUGCCGUCAGACCCAGAAAUCGUCUCUUCGAACGGGUUUCAGGGAUUCGAGUCGCGAAACCGAUCCAGAUCGUUCGUCGAGAAUAAUGGGACUGUAUCGAGCAUUGUCGAAGAAAGAUCUGGUUUCGAUUUCAAGUAAUUGGUGAAACCACUUUGGAUAUUCAGAUACUCCGAAAUUAUUCGUAGUAUUUCGAAAGUAUGAGAAAUGUAUACUCCAUCUCGCAGUCGCCUCGAUCCUUAAUUCGAUGUUCUAGUUGCGCUUUCUGCUUCUUGUUCGGGGAUUUAACUUGGCACGUGGAUGAAAGAGGGAGAUACUUCUCACGUUUGCGACAGCGUUUAAUGCACAGAGGUGUAGAAGAUCCAGCCGUGAACGUCCUUGAGGGAUCGGUUUCUGCAACGAAUUGUUAAAGCGUCGAGCGAAUGAUUCAGGAAUAGAAUGCUUGGACAGUGAACGCGAGGCUAAUUGUAAACGCAGUCGAUAGAUCCUUCGGAAGAGUCUAUAACGUGGCAACUGCAGUUGCCUCUUGGCGGCCCGUUCUCGGCACAGCACAGUGGUUAAACUUCAUCUCGCUUUGUGUUCGCGGGACUAAUACAUGGCGUUGUUCGUUGAAGUUAGCCAUCGUGAAAUUCAUGUUUGUCUUUGUACUUGACGGGAGAUGUGCUCCACAGAAGGCAAGAUAUUGUCUCGCGGUUGACCCUGCUGAUACAGGUCUCUCGUCUAGAAAUUUUGGCUCCGAUGUAUCUCGAGCAGAACGUUCUAUCUUGUCUUUAUUUACCGCAAGCCUAGCGAUAUUACCGUUUAAGUUUAACAAAAGUUUAUUGUUUAUCAGCUGGUAACUUUGCUGUCGAAAGUUUCUUGAUACUUGGGUGUUCAUAUGCAUAUUACAGCAGCUGUUCUACUUCGUUGUUUCGCAUUACCAAGAAUAAUGAGUAUUGUUCUCGACGUUGAACUUCUAAUGAUAUCUUAUUAUUCACCGAAUUACCAAACUGCAACGUGUUCAGAAAAUAUUCUCAACGCGAAAUGUAGUUGGUCUCGAUAUAGAAUAUAAAGAUCGGUUUCUUCUUGGAUCCUUUUACGUGCACGUGUUUUUGUUUAAGGCGAUAAAUCACACCUGGCUAGUCAUACCGUCUCGUGGCCCUAAAAGUUUUUUUAUAACACGGUAUUCUUCAAAAUCGUAUCUUCGAACGGUGUAAUAAAAAUGUCGCAAAGACAGAAUUAGAUACGAGUUUCUGCUAGUUCGAACUCGAGCGAAGAUCGCAAACAUUCUUGACCACGUUCAAGGUUCUGAAACCGUGGUUGCAAGUGUCUGUAGCGAGUCUACGUGCCACGGGAUCGAUGGCGAACGGCACGUCGAGUGCGACUUAUUGAAAACGGUUCGUCACACCUGACGCUUCCGGCCAGAUUUCGUUUCGGCCACCGCUUACGUAGCUCGCGAGACACGAUGCCUCGUGUUUCACAGAAAAAUGAAAUACACCGCGGUACAUCGAUCCCAGACGCAGGAAUAUCAUAUCAGACCACGGCACAGCACGGAGUGCCCUGAAUAUUUCCUCAGACUCUAGAAUUACGAAUCCCACGGGAUCCCAGAAGCAAUUUUUCUUAGACAAAAUGUAUGUAGUUUCGCAUCUUUCUUCAGGCAGCAAGUUUAAGCAAGCACGUUUUCAGUAUUGAUCACGCUCUCCCCAUUUAGAUCAUUAAAAUCCGGGAACGAGUUUUUCUCGAGGGCAGUUGGACUCGAAACUGCGUCGUUGUACACGCGGUAUUAUCGACAUCACGCGAACAGCAUUGCAUUCUCUCUUGUCUCCGUAUUAUGCAAAUGUUCGGGAGGAACGUAGCUGCCGAGCAAGUGGUUUAAUAAUACGCCUGCCGGUAAUGGGCAAUGCUGGUUUCCGUCGACUCAGCCGUGGCGUUGACCAAGAUUAAGGGCUUCCAGCGGAGCUCGAUAAAUUCAGAUCUUCGCCAGGAAGUGGUCUUCCACUCACUCGUUCGUCCAUGAUCGCAGUUGCGACUAGAAUCGUUGGGCCGACAGCGAAGUCAAGAUCCUUAGCCGCUGAGAGAUUCAGUAGACUCGAUCUCCAGCGUUCAAUUAAUUUUACAACCUCUCCGUUCUAUUUAAUUUUUAUUAGUCUGUCGCCGAAUAAUUUCCCAUCUGCGCUCGUGUGCCAUACUUCCUUCGAAACGCUCAAGGCAACGCGUAAUAGCUCGCUUCUUCUUACCUGUCUCGAUUCUCAUUACGUUCAUUAUAUACCUCGGCUCGUGGAGCUCUAUUAAAAUGAUUGCACGUUCGUCAUCGUGCCUAGACGCGUAACACGUGGCGGACAGAAGUUAUUUCGAGGGGCGCAGCUGACUCGACUACAAAUAUCGUCGCCGGUGUUGCAGAAACUCGAUAUGAACGGCGUUGCACACGCCCUUCUACCAAUAAACCGUAUUGCAGCCCGUAUCUCCCUCGACCGACCCAUUAGCCCGUCGAACUUUAAUACCGAUUUGGAUUAUUACUAUCCACCUGCGCGUACCCGAGCUGGAUCUUCAAUUCCUCGUUUGCUACGGUCUUCGAUGCUUCGAGUCUGCCACGCGCAGUAGUACAGGCCUCUCACCGGUCGGACACUUAAUUCCUGUUUCAAAUCACUUGUUUCGUAAUCUUUAUUUAUCGAUCAUCGGUGCUCUUCGACGACGCGCUCCUGACAUAUUUCUACCAUGAAAACAUUCGUUUCAUGAUCGCAUUCAACUUUCGAUAUUCACACUUGCUGCGCGUGACAAACGUGUUCACUGGGCCUCGAAAUGGCAUGUGUAAAAGUAAAAAGGAAGCGAUUGAAAAAGUGUGAUCGUUCAGGCCGUGCGAUGAAAUCGGGCGAGAGACGUCGAUCGCGGUUUCCACUCGCUUAGGGAUGAGCCGCGGUGUUUCCGGUACGCGAGCAGCAGCAGCAGCGGCGAGGCCGUGCAAGUGAGCAGAGGAGAUGCCGCCGCGGUGUUAUCGUGCUGCGCGAGAUUUCUGACGCACCAAGCCAGAAUCCCCCCGGCUCGGAUUACGUGAGCCAGGGAGAGAAGAGGGUGAAGGAGAAGGAGGAGAACCCUUUUCAGAGGAAAUUGUGGUUCCGUGAAUGUCGUUUGGAUUACGGAGGAGCGUCCAACCGAUGCCUGAUUUCGGGAAUCAGCGCGAGGCAGCCAUCGUCCUCGUUUGAGCGCGCCCCAGGCAUGAAGGAGCGCGAGAUGAAACUCUUUGGCUGCCGAUGGUCCUUUUGGAACUUCGCGACUAAUCUCGCAGGGACCCCCUCGACGCCAAUAAUGCCAGGAGGCACACCUGGGACCCCGUCUUCCAAAACUAAGGACAAGAUAAUGAUGAGAACGAAGGUCGUGGUGGCUCUGUACCCUUUUCGAGCGAUCGAGGGUGGCGACUUGUCCCUCGAAAAGGGCGCAGAGUACGAGGUGCUGGACGAUUCUCAGGAACAUUGGUGGAAGGUGAAAGACGAGCACGGAUCGAUCGGUUACAUUCCCAGCAACUACGUAAAAGAGAAGGAGCUUCUGGGUCUUCAAAAAUACGAGUGGUACGUGGGUGACAUGUCCAGACAACGUGCGGAAUCAUUGCUCAAACAAGAGGACAAGGAAGGGUGCUUCGUCGUUCGUAAUUCAUCUACCAAAGGACUCUACACGCUUUCCCUUUACACUAAAGUCCCGCAUCCUCACGUGAAACAUUAUCACAUCAAGCAAAAUACCAGGGGAGAGUUUUACUUGUCAGAGAAGCAUUGCUGCGGCUCGAUACCCGAUUUGGUCAACUAUCACAGGCAUAACAGCGGUGGCUUAGCCAGCCGAUUGAAGACCAGUCCUUGCGAUCGACCCGUGCCACCGACCGCAGGCCUCAGCCAUGACAAAUGGGAAAUUGACCCGGCCGAACUGCAUUUAUUGGAAGAACUCGGUUCCGGACAGUUCGGCGUGGUACGUAGAGGAAAGUGGCGCGGUUCCAUAGACGUCGCUGUGAAAAUGAUGAAGGAAGGCACGAUGUCUGAGGACGAUUUCAUAGAGGAAGCUAAAGUGAUGACGAAACUUCAGCAUCAGAAUUUGGUCCAACUGUACGGCGUUUGCAGCAAAGACAGACCAAUUUAUAUCGUCACCGAGUAUAUGCGACAUGGAUCUCUGCUCAACUACCUCCGUCGUCACGAAGCAACGUUAGGAUCGAACGUCGGUCUUCUCCUCGACAUGUGCAUACAAGUAUGCAAGGGAAUGGCUUAUUUGGAAAGGCACAACUACAUACACAGAGAUCUCGCCGCGCGCAAUUGUUUGGUGGGCUCGGAAAAUGUAGUGAAAGUCGCGGACUUUGGAUUGGCGAGGUACGUACUGGACGACCAAUAUACCAGUAGCGGAGGCACCAAGUUCCCGAUCAAAUGGGCGCCACCGGAAGUGUUGAACUACACGCGCUUCAGCUCUAAAUCAGACGUGUGGGCCUACGGUGUACUCAUGUGGGAAGUUUUUACGUGUGGAAAGAUGCCUUAUGGACGCCUAAAGAACACCGAAGUCGUGGAAAGAGUACAACGAGGGAUCAUUUUGGAGAGACCCAAGGCCUGCUUCAAGGAAGUUUACGAGGUAAUGCGAAAAUGCUGGGCCCACUGCCCCGAGGUGCGACCAUCGUUCCGCGUUCUGAAGGAACAGCUGAUCAGCGUGUCUCAAGGUCUGCUCAAUGAUUGACUCAACCUUCUACGGUGUAUGCGCCUAUCAUCGCCUUCGAGUCGGUCGAUACAGGCGGCGAAGUCACCGUCGCUCGAGCGAUCGCCCUCGAUACUACCAUCGUCCAACUCGUCGUCGUCGUACAACUCAGCAACAUUACCGUCAUCGCGUAAAUCACGUGCGCCCGCAUCUCUGCCGCCCUCGGUCGACUUUCUACAUCUCUCAUCGUCCACGUGUAAACUAAAGAAAGAAGGAUCAUCAUCACCGAGUACACCCGGCCACCAACCUAGUCAACCAUCGUCAUCGAGCUCGUCGAACGUCUGUGACAUUUGCAGUUCCUACGGCCACCCGUGGAUCGUCGAAAUUUGCAAGGCGAUGCGAGCCACAAAAGGCAAAUGAAACGAUCGUGCGUCUGUGUUCCGAAAGUAUGUGUGUCGAUUUCAAAGUUUGUAUUGAUGCAGCUUAUGCGAGACGACGGAAGGGAUACGAGAAACAGGAACAAAGGGAGAAAGGAAGAAACGAUACUGACGCGCGCCUGCACUGAAACUUCUGGUCCUUCCACCCGCUCCUAUUUUCCCGAGGUCCUCGUGAAACCUUCACCAUAGGUAUUUUAGACGUUGUUUUAUUCCGAUCGAACGAAAACGAUCCGAGUACGUGAUAUCAUUAUGUGUUUCUCGGACAUUAGAUUCUACGACCUUGCCUGCCCCGUCACAUCGGCCCAUCCCCGACCAUCAUAAGUUUCAGAGUAUCUUGUUCGCAUGCAACGAUACGAAUGCAUUUACAGAUAGAACAGUAGUAUUUAUUGAUUAUCCUUUAAACAGGAUAUAGUAAGUUGUGAUUUCUCCGUAGAAACAUAUACUGUCCUUUUGUUAUCGAACUUUUUAACGAGAACAUUAAACGUACUUCCACGAACAAGAAACAUUAUUUCUGCUUGAUAAGUGAAUUUAAUAAAUGAAUGUCUCACUCGUGUAUUAUAUACUAUGACGAUUUAAUAAAAUAGAAUAAACAAAAGUAACGAA